CACCGCAAGCCGUGAACGAAAAAUAAAAAUCCAAAGGGCAACGAAAGGGGGGAAAGUUUAGACAAGCGAGAGAGUAAGGAAACGAGGGGAAAUCGCAGAUCGCUAUGGCUACCCGCGGGCCGCCUCCGUCGUCUUCGUCAUCCGGAUCCGUGACCGUGACGAUCGACCCCUCCCCUUCCUCCUCCGCCCCCGCGGCCGCCCCGCCGCCGCCGGAGACGGUGGUCCUGCGGCUGAAGCGGCGGGCGAAGAAGAAGGUGUCCUGGAAGGAGGGGACCGUCGACAACGAGUCCCUCGGCCGCAAGAGCUCCAAAAAGUGCUGCAUCUUCCACAAGGAGGUGCCCUUCGACGAGGACUGCAGCGACGACGAGGCGGACGGCGGCCGCCGGAAUCCGCAUGGGGACGCCGGCGAGGGGACCAGCGGCGGCAAGGGCGGCUGCUCUUCCUCCUCCCACGGCCAUGAACACGGCCACAGACACCACCACUGAGCUCCGGUUCGAUAAGGCAACUUCUGAUGGGCCUCCUUGUCUACGCUUGAUGUCGUCAAGGAAACAUUGCUUCUGUGUGCCAAAAACAUUAGGUGAAAAGCUAGUUUUACCAUAUCCUCAAACUUGCAAGAGGAUGCACCUUCUAUAUCAAACUGUACUGUUGCUUACAUGCAAUCCAAUGUUAUAAGAUGUAUAAAUGCAACACCUGUUAUCACUGUCGUGAUUCGGUGAGUUUAAAAAUUGUCAGGAUGUUCUUGGAUAUUCUUUUUGGCACCUCAUUAUCCUUGUGGCCGGAAAAGCACCGUGUUGUCUGUUUAUAAAGUGAUGGUUGCUUGUCUUUGCAGAUGCUUUAUUUGCCUGUCUCAGUUGUAACAUGCCCUGAUAAUCAGGAUACAUGUAACAUUCGUGACCUUUCUGUUGAAUGUUCCCGUCAUCCAAAAUCAAUGUAUGGGAUUCAAGUAAUGCUUUGAGUGUGAA